AUGUCCUGUCACCAAGAGAACCUGGCGCAGACGGCCAACCCCCUCCGAGGCAAGAAUGUCGGCGCCGUGGUCGACAACGACGAACUCGAUCUUCUGGGCCGGCUGUCGCAGACACGUCUGGCAGACUUUGAAUCCCAGCUCGAACAAUGGCUCGCGGCCGAGUCAGGAUUGAGUCUUUCCGCAGAGGCCGUCCAGUCCCGACAAAAUCACACCAUUUUCGUGGUGUCGUUCGGGGUGUGGGACCUCUGGAGCUUAAUCGGCAAAGACUACGACGCAGCGCGGCAGUCGAUCGAGCGUCGCAUCGCACGAAUCAUGGAACACCUGGACACACUGUCGGCGCGCUGGGGCACGUCGAACUUAAAGGUGAUUCUGACGCAGACGGUUGACGUGACCUUCCUGCCGGGAUUUGACGCGACCCGGUCCUCCAAGGACCCGGUCCAGCUGCUGGCGCACUGGAACCUGAAGCUACGGGAGGCGGCGGCCCAAUGGACGCAGGGGACUAUCUAUCUCUUCGACCUGAAUGAGUUCUUGAUGGAUCGCAUCCGCGACUACCAGCUCUACGCGGCCGGGAUCGAGGAAGCGAGCGGACUCGGGCAGAACCUGGACGGGUGGACGAACGUCGUGGAGCCUUGCGUUGCGAGUGGAUUCCAGGUCAUGAUGUCAAAGGAACAGGAACCGUGUGAGCAGCCCGGGCAGUAUUUAUUCUGGAACGAGAUGCAUCUGGGACCCUCUGCCCACCAUCUUUUGGCUCGGGAGAUGUAUCGUGGGAUUGAGGUCUUUCGAUUGAACGCCACAGCCGGGAUUUGA